CCCCCCUCCAACUUCGUUUCUUCCGUCGUCGCAGCUUCGCCCCAAAGAACGAUGGCCAACGAUGACACCGAGCUCCGCCUGACGGACGGCGUGUCUGUGGAGGCGAUCAAGGCAUUCCUCGCAGACCUGAAGAAGAAGUUCCCCGACACGUACACUGAGAUGACGACGGAGGAUGCCUGCAAACAGCUUGUGGUGCCACGCACACAACAAGACAACUGCGCCUACGUCGAUCUCUUGCGCAAACAGUCGCCACAUGAACAUGUGGGCAAAGCCACUGUGUUUGUGUCGCACGCGUGGCGAUACAAGAUCGCAGACGUGUUGACCGUCUUGCUCGAGUUUGCAGAGGAGCAAAGAGCAAGGAAGGAAGACAGCCAGCCAGUGUUCUUCUGGUUUGACCUCUUCAUGAACAACCAAAACGCCAAUGUCACGGCCAACCUCCCACAAGAGUGGUGGAGCACGACGUUCAAGGAGUCGAUUGCCAACAUUGGGCGCGUGCUGCUGGUGCUCAUGCCGUGGCGUGACCCCGUGCCACUCACACGCGCGUGGUGCCUGUGGGAGAUCUUCUGCGGCAUCAGCAACGAGGGCACAGAGGUCAACAUCCGCCUGCCCAACAGCGAGGAGAAGGCGCUGGAAGAGGCCAUCCGCGACAACUACGAGGCAGUGACCGAUACCUUGGUGCGCGUGCAGGCAGAGCGGGCAGAGGCCUUCAACCCGCGCGACAAGGACAUGAUCUUCGAGGCCAUCCAGCACGGCGCUGGCUUUGCGGCUCUCAACCAGGCUGUGAAGGACCAGCUGCGCGAGUGGUGCCUGGAGAAGGCGGUGGCUGCAGCGGACGCCAUGCGGGCACGCGGUGACGAUGGGACAGAGACGUUUGCCACGUUGUGCCAUCAAGUCGGUCUCGUACUGGACGACUUUGGCGAGCACGACAAGGCCAUUGCCCACUACAAAACAGCCUUGGCGAUUCGGCUGCGCACUGAAGGGGGAAAAGGAGGGAACGUGGCUGCCCUGUACAACAACCUCGGCGGCGCCUACCACAGCAAGGGCGAGUACGAUAAGGCGAUUUCAUAUUAUGAGAAGGGCCUCGCGAUCAGGGUGGAGACGCUGGGCGAGAAGGACACCAGCACAGCUCAAACAUACAACAACCUCGGCAGUGCCUACCACAGCAAGGGCGACGAUGACAAGGCGAUUGCGUGCCACGAGAAGAGCCUCGAAAUCAAGGUCGCCUUACUAGGCGAGAAGCAUCAGAGCACGGCAGACACCUACAACAACCUCGGCCUUGCCUACGACAACAAGGGCGAAUACGACAAGGCGAUUUCAUAUUAUGAGAAGGACCUCGCCAUCACGAUGGAGACACUUGGGGAGAAGCACCCGAAAACAGCGGGUACUUACAACAACCUCGGCGAAGCAUACCGCCACAAGGGCGAGUAUGACAAAGCGAUUGAGCUGUAUGAGAAGGCCCUUGCCAUCAAGGUGGAGGCGCUGGGCGAACAACACUCGAGCACGGCGAGUACUUACGGCAACCUCGGCAUUGCCUUUAAGAGCAAAGGCGAGUAUGGCAAGGCCAUCCAGCAUUACAAGACGGCCCUCGGCAUCAAGUUGAAGACGCUUGGGGAGAAGCACCGGGGCACAGCAUCGUCUUACUUCAACAUUGCCCUGCUACACGACACCUGCGGCGAGAAGGAGCAGGCCUUAGCCUACAUGCAACAGGCGCUUGACAUUUUCACAGUCGCACUUGGGCCAGACCACCCCCACACACGCAUGGCGGAGCGUACCUUGCAGCGCAUUCGCAGUCGUGCUGAGAGCGGUCAAGAUUCAUCGCCUCAAAGUUCUCCUGUUCCCGCUUCUCGGACAAAUGACUCUGGUGGCUGCUGCAGUGUGCUCUAACGACAUGUUGGUAUUGUGUGUGCGCGCGCGUUUUCUUCCACGUUGUUCCUUUGUGCUUAUCUUCAUGCAUUGCUUUUGUGUACCCUUGUGGUUUUGUUCCGUGUGUGUUUGCGUUUCUUUUGCUUGCUUUGUGUUUGGUGCAUGCGUGCCUGGCCGUUAGACCCGUUAUUCCUGAUUACAGCGUCAUGCGA